CCCCACCAACCCCACCAACAAAAACAACCCACCUUUCCCACACACAACAAUAUCCAGCAGCAGCAGCAACAGCAACAAUCCCAACAACAAAACUUACAAUUUCCCUUCAAUUCAGUUUCUGGACCAAACCCAAAACCCAAUCUUGAUUACUCUGAUGGAUCAUCAUCUGCUGCUUUAGGUUUAAGCAUUGAGCCUGCUAAGAAGAAAAGAGUGGUGAGUCAUACAGAUUCUGCUGCUGCUGGUAAUAAUGGAGAGAACCCUUCUAAGAAGUCCCGCGGGAGGCCUCCUGGCUCGGGAAAGAAACAAGUAGAAGCUUUUGGUGCAGUUGGAUUUGGCUUCACACCACAUUUAAUCACUGUGAAUAUUGGCGAGGACAUAUCGUCAAAGGUAAUGGCUUUCUCACAGCAAGGACCACGGGCAGUUUGUAUUCUAUCUGCAAAUGGAGCUGUAUCUAAUGUCACCCUUCGCCAACCUGCAAUGGGUGGUGGCACUGUGACCUAUGAGGGCCGAUUUGAAAUCAUCUCGUUAUCAGGUUCGUUCUUGCUUUCAGAAAGUAAUGGUAGUCGUAGCAGAACAGGUGGUCUAAGCGUGUCACUAUCUGGGCCAGAUGGUAGAGUUUUGGGCGGUGGAGUUGCAGGAAUGCUUAUGGCUGCCACUCCGGUACAGGUGGUUGUGGGUAGCUUUAUUGCGGAAGGGAAAAAGCCCAAGUCUAAGGCACCAUCUCCACCUCCACCUUCCAAUAUGUUGAAUUUUGGUGCUCCGGUCACCGAGGCGAGCUCUCCUUCCCAGGGUGCCUCAAGCGACUCAUCGGAUGAGAAUGGUGGCAGUCCUCUCGGCCACGAACAAGGACCUUUCGGUAAUGCUGCUCAACCAAUGCACGGUAUGCCAACGUACUGGGGCCAAACAAUGUGAAAAUGCUUCCUUCACUUGACACGACGAUCCCAAGGGUAUUUGACUUCUUGAUCCGCGACUGAUCAUAGGCAGCAGAUUAUAGCCGUCAUAUCGAGUUUUGACUUAAGCUUGAUUAUCUCUCUUUUUUCUUCUUUUUCCUUGCUUGGUCUUCACCCUUUAGUUUAUCAGUUGUAGGAUAGGUCAAAAGGCAUGGCUAAUUUGCAGAAAGUCAAGUCAUGGUUUCUUCACCACCUUAGUCUUAGUAUAUUUUAGGUGACUGUGUGGUUUGAGUAUUUACUUAUUCUCUGAUUGCCAAACCAAUUUUAUAACUUUCUUUUCUAGGUAUUUGUUAGAUAUGGUAGUCAUAAACUGAGUUGAUUAGGUCUCAAUGCAAUUACUAUUUCUGCUA